AUGGCGGCAUCUGAUGUUGGGUUAUCCAGUGCUGCAGCCACUUCUGGCUCGAACUCGUCCACUUUGCCUCUGCACAUGUACAUCCGUCCACUUAUAAUCGAGGACUUGGCACAAACUGUGGACUUAGAGGCGUUGUGUUUCCCCCCUAACGAGCGUGCCAGCAAGGAGAAGAUUCAAUUCAGACUGCUGACCUGUCCCGAGCUGUGUUCCGGGCUGUUCUUGAGAGAGGUGAACAUGACCACUAAGCAGAUCACGAAGGAGACUGUGAUCGGUCAUAUCCUUGCGACGAAGAUUUCCACUCACUACAUCACUCUAGAGGGGAUGGAAUUGACCCACGAUGAGUCUAGCGACAUCAUCGCCAUCCACUCCGUGGUGAUCCAUCCGGACUACCAGAAGAAAAACCUAGCGACGUUGCUUCUAACCGACUACAUACAAAAACUGUCCAACCAGGAAGUAGGUGCCAAGAUUGUCAUUAUUGCACACGAGCCGCUUGUGCCGUUCUAUGAAAGAGUCGGCUUCCAAGUUGUCGGCGAAAAUAAGAGUGUGUCCAAGGACCCAUCCUUUGCCAGCACCAAGUGGAUUGAUAUGGAAAGAGAAUUGGUCAAAGAGGAGUACGAAAAUUAG